CACCAGGUCUAUUAAUUAAUUAAUGUACCCCAACCGCAGGGCUGGCUCCCUCCAUUGUAGUGAAGCUGGUUUUGUUCUGCCUGCAGUGUGAGCCACCGGUGUGUGUUUUGGUUCCUGCAGAAAGGGAAGAGAAAUAGAGAUAGAGGAGAAUUUCAGCAGACAACUGUGGGUGGGAGGAAGCCGUCAGCACCAUUGUAGCCAUUAAUCACCCAGGGCCAUUGUGGUCCUGUCCUGUAAACGGCGCCAGUGCAGGCAGGCAGACAGACAGAGGAGGACGAAGAGAGCGAGGGUGCAGGGUGGCCGCAGGAAGAAAGAGGGGCAAAGGAUGGCUGGGGAUCAGACAGUGUGGCCACCUCAAUUCCUGCUGCGGGGCUUGGGAGCAGUGCUGCUGACUCAGUGCAUGUCAUCCGUGUUCUCCCAGAUUCCGGACCCUGAGCUUUUACCCACAGAUCCCCCAAAGAAGCCCGACCCCGUCAACUCAGAGACAGUGGUCUUCUGGGGGCUGAGGUUAUGGCAGGUCAUCGGCAUCUUCUCUGUGUUCGGUUUAGCAGUCAUUAUCACUCUGUGUUGUAUUUUCAAGUGUCGAAUCCCGAGGACCAAAAAGGAAAUCGAGGCACGGCAUGCGCAGAGGCUGGCCGCCAAAAAAUAUGCCAACACGUUAGAGACAGUGCCACCUCUGAAUGAGCUGACUGAGAUACCGGGAUCUGCAAAGGUAGAAGAGAAGGAGGAGGUGACGACAGUCUCGGGGAAAGUGGAUGGCGAAAAAGGAGAGAAGAAGUCCAAAGAGGGCAAAAAAGAAGGCAAGGGUGCCAAAGAGGCGAAAGGGGAUGAGAAGGAUGCUAAGAAAGGUGAAAAAGGUGAAAAGGGAGCAGCCAAGAAAGAUGCCGCUGAUGGAAAAGGAAAAAAAACUGGUGAGAAGGGAGACAGGGGAGACAAAGGAGAAAAAGGAGGCAAAGGAGGGGCUAAAGGGGGAGCAAAGAAAGCUCAAAAAUGAACUCUGACUUUCAUGGACAACCACUGAAAAUAAUCUCUUCAUAUUGUUUUGCUGCUAGCUCUUGUGGAGUUUUUUUUUUUUUCUAAGAUGACUUUUUAUCAUAUUGUAUAAAAUAAACCAAAAACUUUUACACAAAA